ACGAGGGGGAGAGGGGUAAAUCACAAGGGAAGAACGCCUGCUUCCACCGUUACAUCCUCUCUUAUAUUUUCUUUAGGUUUCUCCUCUUCUGCUCUCUUUCUCUCUCUUUCUUUAUUUGCAUCUUAGUUACCUUUUCAAUGCUCUAGAAACGAAAAUUUUGAAGGUGCGUUGUUUUAUAAUGGUUUUCGGCUCUCGGUUUUGAAUUUUGCGAUCUGGGUUUUCGUGGGAAUUUUGUGUUUGUCGUUGUGAGAGAGGAAGCGGGAGGGGGUAGAAAUGGAGGACGGGAGGCUUUGUCAGUGGAGUGUUUUCAGAUCUCUUCUCGCAAUUGUCCAGUGGUGGAGUUUUAAUGUCACCGUCAUUAUCAUUAACAAAUGGAUCUUUCAGAAACUGGAUUUCAAGUUUCCUCUCUCAUUAUCAUGUGUUCACUUCAUAACGUCAUCAGUUGGAGCAUAUAUGGUAAUCAAAGUGCUAAAGCUUAAACCUCUAAUAGUGGUUGAUCCUGAAGAUCUCUGGAAAAGGAUAUUUCCCAUGUCUUUUGUAUUUUGCGUCAACAUAGUGCUGGGAAAUGUCAGUUUGCGCUACAUCCCAGUUUCUUUUAUGCAGACUAUAAAGUCAUUCACUCCUGCAACAACAGUUAUUUUACAGUGGCUAGUUUGGAGGAAGUACUUUGACUGGCGAAUUUGGGCCUCUUUGGUUCCUAUUGUCGGAGGAAUUCUGCUCACAUCUAUUACAGAACUUAGUUUUAAUAUGUUUGGAUUUUGUGCUGCCUUAUUUGGAUGUUUGGCCACUUCUACAAAGACUAUCCUUGCAGAAUCUCUGCUGCACGGUUACAAGUUUGACAGCAUAAACACCGUCUACUAUAUGGCACCUUUUGCGACCUUGAUCUUGGGAGUACCUGCAAUGUUACUCGAAGGUAAUGGCGUAAUGGAAUGGUUUCAGACGCAUCCCUCUCCCUGGCCAGCUCUCAUCAUUAUUUUCAGCUCUGGAGUGCUUGCUUUCUGUCUUAACUUCUCCAUCUUUUACGUGAUUCACUCAACUACUGCUGUCACAUUUAAUGUUGCUGGGAACCUUAAGGUAGCAGUUGCUGUGUUGAUUUCAUGGAUGAUAUUCAAAAACCCGAUUUCAGGUCUAAAUGCUGUUGGUUGUGGUAUCACACUUGUGGGAUGUACCGUUUACGGGUAUGUCCGACACAUGCUUGCUCAACAGCCACCUGGAACGCCUCGAACACCCCGGACGCCUAGGAACAGGAUGGAACAACUACUUCCCCUCGUCAAUAAUAAUGAUAAGUUAGAUGAUAAGGUCUAAUUUAGUUUGUUAUGCAUGGGGAUUCUUGGCUUCUGGAGAAUGGAUGAUACGAAGAAAUGGCAUCUGUUGGAAAGGUUGUUCUUAUCGUGUUGUGAGGCCUUACGUUAGAUUCACUAGGUUGGGAAGCUUUUUAACAUAUUUUCUUGUUUCUCAGAUACAAAAUUUAUUUUCUUACAUCUAUUUAUUUGUUAGAGUGCCUCGAAUAUUUAGAACAAGAAGUCAAUGAAAAUUUUAUUUAUUUUACUGUUAA